GAUGAGAAGGAGCCAUCUCAUGUGUUGUUAUUGGUACCUUCCAUAGCUGCCAGCGUACUGCCUAUAAAGCCAAAUCCUCCAUAGCAUUCAACCCAUCACUCUUAUACUCCAACAAGAAUCAUAAUUCUCCCCUCGAGUCUCAUCCAACACAUCUUUUUCCAACAGACAUUCAAAUACCAACUUCGUACAACACACUACAUUCUAGAAAAUGCCUUCCUGCAGCCUUAGACGCCCCGACAGCCCAGUCAAGAACAAGCGCCCCCUUGAUACUGGAGCCAUUUCUAUUAGCAUCCAUGACGUCUUAUCUUGCGCGCCCAGAAAUAACAUGUUUACUACAAAAGCCAACACAACUGUCAAACGGUCCUCAUACACACGAAAUCCUCAGACGUACAAUUCCAGCAAUGUACCUGGAAACAGCUUCAACACCUCGUCUUCCACCACCACAGGCAGGUGUAUUCCUCCUGCAGACCGACUGUCUUCUACCCAUCACCAAAGUCAUGUCCAUCCGAACUACAACACCCUAACUCAUCCCAACCAACUUUUCUCAGCCCCCUAUCGCCCGUCACCUUCAAGUCUCUCCACUCAAAGAGGAGUCAAACCACCCCCUAGUCUCGUCAUACCACAAGCUCAGAACCCACCACCGAGGCUUUCCCCUCAUCGAGGUCCCAAUUCACCUCAAAUCUUCUACACCCAACAAGGUCGAUACCAGCCUCCAGGCCUCAAUGUCCAACGCGGUCAAUUUCCAGUAGAACUCCACGAGGCUUGGUAUCACCGAGACAGCCAGCACGGGUGCCCUGGAUGUGUGCAUGAGAGGCUCGUGCCUCACGCUUUCAGCAGGUUCCAUUGGCCGGCGUGUCCUGUGUCUGCGACGAGGGAAAUGGCUGCUUGGAUGUGAGGAGGUAAGGCUUCUAGCACCACAUACAAGGAAAAAGCUAACAGGUAUAGAAAUAACAAGUCCUACCUUGCAGCUUACAUUAGCUCCUAACAAGAAAACUUGUAAAAAUUGAUAGCAUUGUAGACUCCUAGAUCUUCUAUCUAUGUCUAUAUACAUCUUAAUACGCUUUAUUGUAGUAGGAAGAAGUACUUCCUAGGUAUGCUUAGAGAGAUGUUUAGUUUCUCUCUUUGAGGUAGUAUAGGGUAGAUUUCUUUGGUUCAGUGUAGAAUUUGGCAGAAUAGCAUCGCCGCGAAUCGGGUUGAGAAGCCUCAUGCAUAGUGUAUGA